UGUCGACAGCGAGGGAGAUCUCAUCCUACUUCCAGUUGCCGUCUAAACGCCAGCGUCCUAUUUCCGCUUAUGAUGCAUCGCUUGCUAGCUCUCAGGCUGAUGAGACGAAAGAGGAGAGAGACGUCAGGACAAACGGUAUUCGUGUUUGGUAUUCGUCUUAUACCUCAAUCGAUUGGUUACACGACGCCAUUAAGGACUCCGUCCGCCGCUCAAGGUUGCGCAAACGCAAGUCACUCAGGGGCAGAAUGCGCAACCAAAUAGACAGGACACUAGGGUGGAUCGUAGUGACCAUUGUCGGCUUCCUCACGGCCGUUAUAGCCUUCUUGAUUGUUCGGAGCGAGCAGUGGUUGUUUGACUCAAAAGAAGGUUUCUGUCGGAAUGGCUGGUGGAAGGCUAAGCGAUCCUGCUGCCCAAGUCAAGGCGAAGAUGAUUUCAUUACCCGUGCCGCACUUUCCUUGACCGGUGCAGCCGACGAGGUUUGUGAUGCCUGGCGAACUUGGGCCGAUGUGUUUGGUCCAGCGGUGAAGAGAGGGGGGCAAGGCAAUGCUGAAAUGGUCCAGUAUGUUGCCUACACUUGCGUAGCUUUGGUCCUGGCUUUGCUCUCAGCUUUUCUCACCAUACAUCUCACCGCGUCCAAUUCUUUCUCCACCCGGAAAGACUCCGGAGUGCUUGGUCCCUCCUUUGACGAAGAGGACAAGCAACACGAAGCGUUGGCAGUCCCUGAGCCGAAGCGGAAGGUGCUUUACUAUGCUGCUGGGAGCGGUAUCCCUGAGAUCAAGACCAUUCUGUCUGGUUUCGUUAUUCAUGGAUAUCUGGGUGGAAGAACUCUUUUCACGAAGUCUGUCGGAUUAGCCCUCUCAGUCGCGUCCGGUCUGUCUUUAGGUAAAGAAGGGCCCUUUGUUCAUAUCGCUAGUUGUGUCGGCAACAUCGUGAGCAGAUACUUCGCUAAGUACGAGAACAAUGAAGGAAAGCGGCGUGAAAUUCUCAGCGCAGCCAGUGCUGCCGGUGUUGCAGUUGCAUUCGGUGCUCCCAUCGGUGGUACAUUGUUCAGUCUUGAAGAGGUAUCCUACUUCUUCCCUCCGAAAGUGAUGUGGCGAAGCUUUUUCUGCGCGAUGAUCGCAGCUAUUACCCUUCGAUUCUUGAAUCCUUUCGGCACUGGCAAGCUGGUGUUGUUCCAAGUAACAUACGAUAAGGACUGGCACGCCUAUGAAUUAUUCUUCUUCGUGCUCUUGGGUGUCUUCGGCGGUGUCUACGGUUCCUACUUCUCGAAAUUGAACUACAGGUGGAGUCGCCACGUACGCAACGGUACAUGGUUGAAGACGCAUCCAGUUUCGGAAGUAUUGCUGGUGACCCUAGUCACAGCCUUGCUGAGCUUCUUGAACCCGUAUACUCGGAUGGGCGGUACAGAAUUGGUUUACAAUCUGUUCGCCGAGUGUCGCUCAGGUAGCGUUAACAGUCACGAGGGAUUGUGCGUGCUGGAUCCUCCGAAGCAGGCGUGGCCUGCCAUUAAAGCGAUCGCUGUUGCCCUUCUUGUUAAAGGAGCUUUGACUAUCGUUACGUUUGGCAUCAAGGUUCCCGCAGGUAUCUUCAUACCUACGUUAGGCGUGGGUGCUUGUGCCGGCCGAAUCUUGGGCAUAUUGGUGCAGUGGAUGCAAUUCAAGUACCCUCAGAGUAGUCUCUUCGCAUCCUGUCAUGGCGAUCUGGAUUGUGUCAUACCUGGACUCUAUGCUAUGGUUGGUGCUGCUGCAACCUUAGCAGGUGCUACGCGUACAACGGUCUCCUUGGCUGUUAUAAUGUUCGAACUCACCGACACUCUCACUUACGCCGUCCCGGUCAUGUUGUCGGUCUUAGUAGCUAAGACUGUGGCAGAUGCGAUUGAACCUAAAGGAAUCUAUGAUUUAGUCAUUGAGCUUUCUCAAUUGCCUUAUCUCGAUGCAAAACACAAUCAUGUCUGGGGAGACUUACAGGUCAACGAUGCGACCGACAGAGAUGUCGACAUCAUCAGGGCGGACAGGCAGAACACCGUGGAAAGCUUGCGAGACAAGCUACAGGGCCUGGUGGCUGCCGGCUAUGACGAUGGAGGUUUCCCGAUUGUCAGGAAGGUGGACAAUGAGACCGAAGGUCUACGGCUGAUAGGUUAUAUUGGUGCCAACGAGCUCGAGCAUGCCCUCAGCAUUGUGGCGGACUCCGCCGAUAGUCCAGUUCAUUUCAGGACAGGGGAGGCAUAUCGUCACGGUGAUCUGGCUGCGUCGUCCAUCUCGUUCUCUUCGAUGACGGAGAAUCACCCUGCGGUCGAUCCGUUCGAUUUCAGUGUAUACAUGGACCAGGCACCUCUGACUGUACAGUCCAAUUCGCCUUUGGAGUUGGUACAAGAGUUUUUCGUAAAGCUCGGUGCCAAGUAUGUGAUUGUCACUGACGCCGAUGGGUUCUACGAGGGCCUCAUCGACAAGAAAGCUUGGCUAGCUUUUUUGGAGGAACUGGAGCACCGAUCUUAAGCUCGGCCACAGAUAUCUUAUGGUCAAACGACGGGUAAUUUGGUGAAACCAGGCGGACUCCGAAGGCAGACUGAUCCUGGGAAACAAUCUUUCCUUCAUAGCAAGCACAGUUCGUUGGAAUUCUUACGACAUUAACGAAACAUGUACCACACUUAUACCUACUGAGGCACAUCAGCCAUAGUCUAACAUAUAUUCACAAGCCAUCCGACUGGUUUUCGUAUUCUCUCCUGUCAUUGUUAACUACAGACUUGCAGCAGUACUACAAAGUCCGCAGGAUAGUUACCGGAUAAGGCAAU